GCAUCUCGUGGCCAUGUCCUUGCGAUUGCUCCAGAAGGCGGCGCCGGCGCUCAGGUCUCGAGUGAUGCUGGGAGCCUGGGGAGCCGGUGCGAACCGCGGGAGAGGUAAAGGUGCGAAGCGCGCCACGCCGAUGAGCCUACAGCACUUCCACGAGCAAACCGCGAGUGUCAGCGCUGUUGGAAGCACAAGACAUUCAGCGUGGUCCAAAGGAGCUUCUCGUAGCAGUCCAUCCCUGUCAGCAGAGGAAGCAGAUGCCACCGGCAGGACAGCGCGUCCUUCUGCGGGGCCUUCUGCAUGGGCCAAAGGUCCGCCCAGUUCUGCUGUGGAGAAUUUGUGGAGUGCGGCGCCCGCAGCUGACGCGGACGAGGAUGAUUGGCAGGCACCGGCGCAUGAGGCGGAGCCGCUCGUGAACGAGUACGUCGAUGAUUGGGGCACAGACACCACUGCAGGCCCCACUGAAGCCUACAGUGUGGCUGAAAGUCCAACUCGAAUAGAGGCCAGUCAAGAAGCCCCCUGCGACAGCGAUGGCGGGGGAGAAGAGGUCCAGGAGCCGCAGGAGCCGCAGGAGCCCGUGGAUCCGACCGACGAGGACCAGGAGGCUGAAAGCUUGGGAACAGACGUGGCUCUCUGGCUGAGCCACUUAAACCUCGCAGACCAAAAACAGGCGGUGCUCGCCUGGUGUGAGGAGAUGGGGGCAGCUUCGCUUGAAGAGGUCAUCGAGAGCAUCGAGGACCUGGCGCAGGCACUGGCUUUGAAGCCUCUGCAGGAGAAGCGCCUGCAGAACAGAGCUGCUGAGGCAUUUGAGAAGGUCCGAGCCAGCGAGGCUGCAGAAGCCAAUGCAGAUGCGGCGGCUACUGGAGCGGGACCCUCCACGGCUCCACAAGGCACGAGCUACUAUGACGGAGCAUCAUCCUCACGUGCGGGUUCAAAAGAAACGAGUGCAGUAGCAAGGGCACAGAGCUUCUACAAGUCUUGCGGCCAAGAAGCAGAGGACAACUACCUCAAGCAGAGGCCUACGGAGGUCGCUGUCUGGGUGCCGUCUGCCAAGAAGAGCCAAGGCGAAAGGAAGCGGCAGAAGAAGCCGGCCAGCGAGGCCGCCGAGGAGAAAGAGGCCGAGAAGGCUAGGCGAGAGGCAGAACGACGGCUGGAAGAGCAGCUGCGCGAGGAGCAUGAGCGGAAACUCAAGGAGUGUCGCGAUCUCAUCGCAGACGCCUUGGAUCGCACUGACUCGCAGGCCUUCGCCACGGCACUGGCUGCCGCCAAGAAGGCCAGCUGCAGAGAAGAGGAGGGCAAGGAAGCGCAAGAGAAGCUGAACCUCGCGCUUCGCAGGCGCACGCAGCGUCGACACGACGCUCUGUGUGCCUUGCAAGCGAGUCUUGAAGCUCCAAAGGACGAGAGCUUUGGACCUGCAGUGCAGAAAGCCUUGGAGGAGGCCAAGGCAGAAGGAGUGCUUGAGCACGUGCCUGGCGGCCGCGAAGCAGCUCGAGAUGCCGAGGCGGCUUUGCAUGACUGGGAAAUAGCAGAGCAGCAGCGGCAGGAAUCUCGCAUGGCGCUGCAGUUUGCUCUGCGUCGCGGGGAAGUCGGAGCUCUGCAGGUGGCACUGAGCGAAGCCAAAGCUGCCGGUCUUCCAGACGACUCCGAACUGAUGACAGAGGCAGCCUCCCUUGUCCAGGAUCCACGUGAUGCUCAAGAGGAGAGCUUGGGCUUUGCUGACUGGCGACAUGAGGCUGAGAUCCAGGAUGGCGACGGAAACCUGCGCCUGGUCCUGUUCUCCUUCCUGGCGCUUCUGUCCACGGCAAUCUUCUACUUGCAUGUGGCCCAACAAGGGCAGGGAUCCAAACUUCUGAGCCCCAAUCAGCUGGACAAGCUCAGUAACAUGUCGAUUGCCGCCCUUGGCACACUGGACGAUGGCUCGCUGGACCGGCUCCGUCGCUUCAAUCUCGACGUCUUUCACAAAUUUGCCCCCGUGAUUCCCUUCGAGCCCCUGCCUUCGGACGUGUUUCUCGUGGGCGUCAUAGGUAGUGGCAUCACCAUGCUGACCCAAGUGGCCCACGGGCUACGGUCCAAAGGGGACAUGUCUUUCAAUGACAUAAACGAGGUUGUGCCCUGGUUUCAUGCCGCACAGCUCUGCGGGCAGAACUUGGAUGAACUUCAGCCUUACAAGCCACGCCUCUUCAAGACGCAUCAGCUGUAUGAGAAGCUGCCAGAGGAUGCCAAAUUUGUGGUUCUGUUUCGUGAUCCGCGGCAAAUCUUUUUGACUAGAUACCGCCGCUUCUGCAACAGCUCCUGGACUGACUAUGCUCGUGUUUCCCGGGGCGCGAUCUCCUUGGAGAAUUUCGCUGUGGGCAUCUUCGGACAUGAGUCGAGCAAUGAGGUUUGGAAGUUCAUGAGGUCGUGGAUUUCAUGCUGUUUAGGCAGCCAGAAGGUGCUUUUUGUUUCUUUCGAAGACUUGGUGGAGCAGACGGCAGACGAGAUUCGCAGGAUAGGGACGUUCAUAUCUCCGCACGGCCGAGUCUCUGAUGAUGCCCUGGGCGUGGCCAAGAACCAGUCCACCAAAAAGUUCAUGCAGGAGCACAUCUCGCAGUUUGAUGAUCACUUCGUGCUGAAGCACCUCAAGCCUUUUGAGGAGGAGGUCCAGGCAUUUGGACGGCUCCCCCGGAUCCCAAAAAUUUGGACAGAGAGCCUGCCCCAGGAGCUCCCCCGGCAGAUCGAGGAGCUCUUCGAGGCUCGCUGGAAGCGCUUCCUGGGCGAGACGGGCUUCGCUUCCUACGAGGACUUGAGGACACAGCUGCAAGGCAAAACCUCUCCCUCGAGGGCGAAGUCGGGCAGCGAGGUCUCAGAUCUAUGGAUCAAAGGCCUGCUUGCAUUGAUCGCUGCAGUGCUCAUCGCGGUGCUGGUGCUUCGGGAUGUGAGGCUGCGCGCUGUGGCUCUUCUUCGCCGGGCCUUCAAGGGUACCCUCGGAAACCGCCGGUCACUGUAUGUUCCCGGAGAUUACACCAUGGAGCUGAGUGAACUGUUAGAGAAGGAGAGGCUCAUUCAAGAGGAGCUGUUACAGAAGAAGAGGCUCAAGCAAGAGGCCAUCACGAAGCGAGAACGAGCCCUCGCGGAAGAGGAUCUUCAGCUCUUGGAAGAAGCCAUCGCCCUGUGCCGCCAGCAGGGCCUCCCGUUUCAAGGAGCGGAGGAGACCUUGCAGAGGUGGAGGCUCCAGGCCGAAGAGCGCCAAGCUGCGGAGCUCCAGCUUCAGGCGGCUCUCGAAUCGGAAGAUUCUGCUGUGCUGAGAAAGGACGAAAGCGUCGUCGACACCUUGGAAUCUGUUUGGGGCCUGACGCGCGAUGCAAGGAUUCCCUUUGCAUGCCGAGGCCCGAAGGACAGGCUCGUCGAGAUGGAGGCACGGGCCAAGCGGCGGGAGAUGGCGCAGCUCGAGCUUUGCCUGGCACAGAACUCGCGAGACAUCCCCCGACUGCGAGCCGCCCUGGAGCUUGCACGGGCCGCCGGGGUGAACCUUCCAGAGCAGCAGGUGCAGGAAGCUGAAGAGGUUCUUGCUGACCUCAUCCAGCAGGACAGCCUGCGAAGAGAGGCUCUUCAGCGACUCGCAGAGGCUGCGAAGCUGCGAGACCUGGCAAUGCUGAAGCAGGCGCUCUCCGCGUCCGACAUUCUCUCUGAGGAUGCCGAGGUGCAGAAAUCGAAGGCCUUGCUCCUGGAGCUGGAAGAGGAGGCACGGGCCGAAGCAGAGGCGGCACGACGAAGGGCAGCCGCUGAAGCAAUAGAGGCUGCUGUGGCACAGGGAGACUGGGGCAAAAUUGAGUCUGCUUUGAGUGCUGGCUUGGAGCUCGGCCUUGCAGAGGAAGGAGCACCAGUCCGAGCGGCUCACGCGAAACUUGAGAGCCUUCGCGAGGCUCGGGAGCUCGAGGAGGCCCAAGCCGCUGUGGAGGAGGCCGAGGCGAGGCUCCUGGAGCUGCAGAAGAAGGAGCACAGCUUGGUGGGAGCGAAGCACAAGAAGGAGCGCUCCGCGAUCGGGAAAGAGAUGAUGGCAAUCCGCAACAGUGAAGCUUACAUCUCCGCAAGGAACUUCCUGAAGAGCCCUGAUCAGGAGAGGAAGCGAAGGCAAGAGCAAAGGCGAGCUUUCUGGGUUGGACGUCAAAAUUUGACCUGGUCCAUUUGCAGCUCUUCAGAUACUCCAAAACAGUCGCAGCCCCCCCUGUGCUCUCGCCCUUGUCGUUCCAACAUUUCCAUUAAAGGGUUGUCUCGGGUUGCUCUUGCUAAGUUGCACUUUUUACUCUUCGGAAAACCGUUGCCACCGUAG